GGAGGACGAGGUUCCGAUUGAAGGCAAUGCAUUGACAUUAUAAUUAAUUCCUCACUUGGUCAUUUCUCAACCGAUUUUCAUGAGGUUUGCUUUUUUUUGUCUGUAGGAAUUAGAAAAUCAAAGCUGUUUGUUCAUUUCAUUUUUAAUUUUAUGAAAAUGAAAAGUGGCCGCACAGUGUCGACUGGUGAGCACAUCUGGCUCACAUCGUAAGCCAAGCAGUAAUAAUUGCAGAUCACUAUGUGGCGGUAAUGCAUAUGGCAGUUUGCAAUCCGCCGUUGAACACGAAGAAGAAGAAAACCCUUUAAAACUAAAGAAGAAGAAAAGCGGAAGCCGAAACGAACGCAAAGGAGAGUCCGGUUCCCCAAGGAAAAAUAAAGUCAAGAAAGUAUUCCUGCUUGACUGUUAUAAUCGGGCAUUUCUCAAGUGAAAUGGCGGCACUGGGUGGAACUUCGAUUCAGGAGAAAGUCAGCAGGUUGCUCUGCAAACAGAAUGGAAAACCUGUACUCAAACCCAAUAAAGCUCUUGUCCUGAGAGAUGCAGUGACGAGCCGCAAACCCAAGAAAGGAGAGGCCACCUGUAUCACAGAGUUGUCAGUCAUGAUGGCCUGUUGGAAGCAGAACAACUUUGUGGAUAGCCUGUGCUCCAAAGAGAUGGGUGAUUUCUACUCAUGUGUUGGAGAGGCUCAGGCUUCAAUGAAGAAAACAUUAGGAGAAACUAGUCUUCAAGGAGGACGUCUGCAACCAAAACAAACCAACGCCCUGUUGAAGAGAUAUCCCAAUCUACGUUUUGAGAUCUAGGAACAUAUUGUUUUGUUUUAGACUUUAAAUGUACAAAAUCGAAAUAAGCCACAUCGUUGAGCCUUGUAACAGUGUUUAAUCAUUUUAAGGUAUCAGUGGAAUUGGGUAUCUUACUGUUUAAGUUCACAGGUCAAGAAGCUACUCUACUACUCUACAGGUUCAAGAAGCUACUCUACUGAUUCCUGUGACAAGGUUAUAUAAUGUUAGGGCAUUGACCAUUAAUAACACGUCAUCCAUCCGUUUUCCGAACUGCUUAUCCUCAGAGUAAAGACAUGGCCCACUUAAUUUCACUUUGAAAAUCUAUUUUACUGAUAUGAGAAUUUAAAUUAUUGGCAGUUAUCCACAAUUGCUUCUUGGAUUUGUUAAACUAAAAUAAAGAAGUAUUUUUCAACCUUUUGAUUAAUUUAAUAAACUUUUAGUCUUUACCAUUAGGUGUCCGAAAUGAAGUUUUGUUUUCUCAAGAUGGUGUCAGAUUUCGCUUACCCGCAGGACUAAUCGGGAGAAAUGUCCUGACCGACUCUCCGUUUAAAGGGUCAAGCUCCCCCCUUUUUCCUUUACCGGCUCCAACGCCGUACGCGCAAGGAGACGAGAUGAAUUCGCCGAGGUGUGCUAACUGCCUUUAGUUUUACGGAGCCAAUCCGAUCUCCCCUCACUUAUCACCCCUUGAUGAGUAACCGCACCGAGUGAAAGGGUAAUGUGAGUACUCCAUUUUUACAGCAGUUUCAUCCCUUAAAAAUCGAUUGCACUUGUUAAAGACCUAGUAAAUUUAACAAUCCUUGUUAGGACCGUACGGAUUUGUUUUUGUGUUAAGCCGAAGUGAUAUAUAUGAGUUACUUUUUGGGAUGGCGUUACUACCCGAUGUUAUUGGUAUCGUCGACAUUCAAUCACUUAUAAGAGGUUGAGUGAUAAAAAUGGGACAACUCCUCUUUAUAAGAAUGACAAGGAUAGAAUAGAAUUAAAGUAAGGUAUUUAUUUCAGUGAUUACUUAAGGUUAAAAUGAUAAUAUGACAGAAAGGGUUUAUAAUAUAAAAUAAUAAUAAUAACAAAAAAGGAAAAGAAAUAGAAGUAGUUUAAAAAUAAUAAAUCAUAAAACAAGUAUUACCUUUUGAGUGAGCCUUAAGGAGUGAUCAAGUCCUACGGAGCCGUGAUGCCAAUUAAUAAUAAGAUAAUUUGGAAUAUAAGAAACCCUGGACGGCUGACUAGCUCUCUUCCCUUAUCCACGCAAGAUCAAUAGCGGUUCUAUUAGUUACUUUAUUAUAAUAAUCUUUAGUCUUACCCAAUUAAAGAGGAAAAUUCACCAUGAAGUACUAUCCGAGUAGCCUUUUGAAUUCCUCACGCCAGCCUGUCCCUGAUCAUCGCGAGAGAAAAAAGCGUGUCUCUCUCCCACCUCGAAAGGAGGAGAGAGAGCCCCGCGCUCCCUUCGUAUGAGUCUAUUAUAACCUCGGUUCUUCCAGAAACUUCCUUUUUUCUAAAAAUAAUCCUUUGUUCGCAACAUGCCUCGACAUGCGCCUUCCGCUGUUGGCCUGUCCCGACUUGACCUCUUAUUUGCUCACUCAAAUAGGUUCUCAGUGAAUAUAUUCAUUUAUAAGCACAUUUCAUAUGUCCUGAACUCAACCAAUACAUUUCAUCACACCAUGUUAUUCUCUAAGCAAUCUGCAAUACAUGUAUAUAUGUUAAAUGUCAAAUAAAUGUAUAUACUUUCAUGUGAAUACAAUUCCCUCAUGUA